AUGUGGUACACCAAACCUGACGGCACCAAAAAACCAAUCAAGAUGUCCAUCUGGGAUGCUAUGAAGGGUGUCCCAGAUCCGAAACCGAGAAAGCCAAAACCAAAGCCGUGUUUGUGCUGUGGAAAGACUCACGUCAAGGAUCAGCCCAACGAAGACAGCAAAUGGGACGAAAAGAAGGAUUCCAAUGACAAGGCCAAGGACAACAGCAACAAAGGCAAUGAUGACACCGAGGGGAACAGCAAGAACGAGGUCUCUGAUCUUACCGAGGACGAUCGGACCAUGCUCCGUAUGAAAAGCGAGAACCACCAGGCCCAAUGGAAGGAUAUCCUCGCAGCUACCACCAGCUUCAAGAAUGUGGGCGAGCUCAAGGCACGUUGGAGGCAGAUAAACCACCGAUUCGAAGCUGGAAAUAAGGACAAUUCCAACGGGGGCAAGAAGGAUGAGGACGCGGAGAGGGAAGAGAGGGCUAGGAGGGAUCGUGAAGAAGGCUUGAAGAGGAAAGCCGAAAGGGAAGCUACUAGAGCCAAGAAGGAAGAAGAGGAAAAGAAGGCAGAGGGGCAGAAAAAAGAUGGCACCAGAUCUGAUAAGAAGGCAUGCCCGAGCGAAGAAUACCUUGACCGGCUGUCCGCGGACUAA